GACCCAUCAUGACCUCUGUGACUUUCAUAUAAACCCGCGGACAGUCACCUCGCCUUGUCAAAUCAGCUGCACUGUCGGAGAAGCGAAAUCGUUCACUCGUCAACAACCGAUCUUGAAGAUACAGUAUCAGCAGAAUGUCCGCCCCCACCCCGAAGCAGAAACUCCGCCUCAUCACGUAUCUGUCCCCGGGGGUGGCGCUGGAGGUGUUUGAGAUGGUGCUGCAGUACCUUGAGUCUGUGCUGGACGUGGAUGCCUCGCUAAUCUACGAAUCACGAUGGAGUGGCCCUCCUCCCACUCGGGUUGACCCUUUCACAGACAACCAAGUUGAUAUAGCAUUCAUGUGCAGCACUGCCUUCCUGCGUCUCAUUCGCGACAAGAACCAGCAUGUCGAACUGUGCCAGGCAGCGCCCCUCCACCGGCACCCCAACGCCCUCAGCCGACCCGUCUACUUCUCCGACGUUGUGGUGCACGUGGAUAAUGUAGCCAAGUUCAAGACCUUGCAUGACCUGAAGGGCAGUCGCUGGGCAUACAACGACACUGUCUCCCUCAGUGGGAACAUCAUCGUCCUAGCGGAACUGAAACGCCUUGGUGUCAACGCAAGCUUCUUCGGGAAUGUCAUUCAAUCAGGGGGCCACCUCAAGUCUAUUGAGAUGGUAUUAAACAGCACUGUUGACGGGGCCGCCAUAGACAGCAACACUUUGCAGACGUUUGCUGAAAGGUUCCCCGAAAAGAGGAAGAAGCUGGCUGUAGUUACCUCCCUUGGUCCAAUGCCGAUCUACCCAGUUGUAUUCAACAGCAGGUUGUCAGCUGAAAUGAAAGAGAAGAUUACAAACGCUCUUCUGGAUGUGAGCAAGUCUCCAGAAUGGAGUGAGAAGUUUCUGUCGGUGAACAUCCUGGGGUACAGCCCUAUUGACAUGUCGCUGUACAACCGUGAGACGGAGAUCGUGGACCUGGUGAAGAACAUGAGUAUAUCACCCGCUUUCUACUAGGUGCUGUACGUGGGCGUGGCAGCCGUCUCCUGUACAGCUGAUCAUGUUGGCACAGCCUCACAGUCUUGUUUAAAGAAUUGAGUUAACAAUGAUCAGUUGUUUGUUUGAUGUCUGCACAAAGAUGGUCUUUAAAUGAUUCUUUGAGAGCUCAGGCUGCUUGUGACAAUCGUUUCUGAAAGCAUUUGCAGCGACGCUUACAGCAGACAUGUUCCUCUGUCAUGUGUGCCUCAUUGUGUCAUUGUGGACUGGAGGGAAGGUUUAAAGGGGCACUGAUCUAACGCAAUUCCCCGGGACUGGUUGUUGCCUUUGUUAUUGUUUUUUCCCAGUGAGUACCCGGAUGUAUAGCAGAAAUCUAGACUAGUUC